AUUGGGGGAGAAGCCCUAGCCCAGAGCCCUACCCAGAUGUUCAGGGCAGAGGGAGGAGGCUCACAGGACAACUGGUCCUACAAGAGCUGGACCCACAGUGGCCUCUGUUCCUCCCUCCAGCUGAAAGAGCAUGGCUGGCAUGCUGGCUCAACUUCCAGCCAUACUGAAGGACUGUGUAACAAUGGCAAUUGGACUGCUGUUAGAGAGAUGAAAGUUACAGACAGAUGGAGAGAUCUCCAUCCUUUGUCCAGGGCAGAACAGGAUGGCCGGAUCCCAGAAUUCUUGCAAGUUGAUGACCAGAAAGACAACCACAAGGAAAGCCAAGAUAAAUCUCUGUGGCAAGCUACAUUUAUACACCAGGAAACACUGAAAGAUGAAAGUGACCAAGAAAUAAGAACAUGCAGAAAAAUUAUUUAUCCUAGCACAGACCUUGUUUCUAUAAGACAAAGACUCCUUAAACAUUAUUCAUGGGAAAGAUGUUCAAAACAUAAUUUAAACUUUCUUAGUCAAAAUAGAAGCUAUGUAAGAAAGAAAAAUGAUGAAUGUCAGGGAUAUUGGAAAGUAUGCUUCCAGUCUGAUCUUGAUGAAGCUCAACCUGGAGAGAAGUUCUUUGAACCUAAUCAACAUGGAAAAGCCCUCAACCAUAAGCAAACUCUUAAAAGUCAGAGAAUUCAAACUGGGGAGAAACCCUAUGAAUGUUCUGACUGUGGAAAAGCAUUUAUCCAGAAAGCAAACCUUGUUGUACAUCAGAGAACUCACACUGGAGAGAAACCUUAUGAAUGCUGUGAAUGUGCAAAAGCCUUCAGCCAGAAGUCAACCCUCAUCGCACACCAGAGAACUCAUACAGGGGAGAAGCCCUAUGAAUGCAAUGAAUGUGGAAAAACCUUUAUCCAGAAGUCAACCCUGAUUAAACAUCAGCGAACUCAUACAGGAGAGAAACCAUUUGCAUGUGGUGAAUGUACAAAAGCUUUUAAGAGUUCCUAUCACCUUAUUAGACAUGAAAAAACACACAUUAGACAAGCAUUUUAUGAAGGUAUCAAAUGCGGUAAAUCCAGCCUUAUGCAACAAAGGACUCAUAUAGGUGAGAAACUUGAGUGCAGUAAACAUGGGAAAGCCUUUCAUGAGAAGCCCACCCCCAUUAAACAUCAGAGAAUGCAUACAAAAGAGAAACCUUAUGAGUGCAGCCAAUGUGGAAAAAGCUUCAGGGGAAAGUCACACCUCUCUGUUCAUCAGAGAAUUCACACAGGAGAAAAACCCUAUGAAUGUAGCAUAUGUGGGAAGACUUUCAGUGGAAAAUCACACCUCUCUGUCCAUCAUAGAACUCAUACGGGAGAGAAACCUUAUGAAUGCAGAAGAUGUGGGAAAGCCUUUGGUGAGAAAUCAACCCUUAUUGUACAUCAGAGAACUCAUACAGGAGAAAAACCUUAUAAAUGCACUGAAUGUGGGAAAGCCUUCAGUGAGAAGUCACCACUGAUUAAACAUCAGAGAAUUCAUACAGGAGAGAGACCCUAUGAAUGUAGUGACUGUAAGAAAGCCUUCAGUAGGAAGUCAACUCUCAUUAAACAUCAGAGAAUUCAUACAGGGGAAAAACCCUAUGAAUGUAGUGAAUGUGGGAAAGCCUUCAGUGUGAAAUCAACUCUCAUUGUACAUCAUAGAACUCAUACAGGAGAGAAACCCUAUGAGUGCAAAGAAUGUGGUAAAGCCUUCAGUGGGAAGUCAACUCUCAUUAAACAUCAGAGAAGUCAUUCAGGAGAUAAAACUUCAUAAUAUACUUCAGAGUGGGGUAUCAUCACUAGUAGUUAUACCUCAUUAUAUAACAAUUCAUCUGGGAAAUUAACACUUAAAGGUCAGAAAUUCUACAUAUAUUACUUAAUUUCAUUUAACUUAAUAAAAAGUACAAAAGUGUAAUUGCAGAAACAUAUAAUAAAUGUGAUCAAUUUUUCACCCAGAAUUCUUAUGCAUGCAUGGCAAAUUGCAUAUCAAAGAAUUCAAAAGUGGCAAAACUGUGAGUGUUUUGGUGUGGGAAAGCCUUUAGAGAGAAUUUGAAUGGCAUUGCUUAUCAGAGUAUUUAUGCUGAGGAAAAACUAAAAAUUUAAUUAGUUUAUAAAACUGUUAGAAAUUAUGAGAGAAAUAUGUUCAUAUUCUAUACCAAACAUUUUGUGGAAAUGGUUACAGAGGUUGCAAACAAGCACUCAUUAAUAACACUAAGAUAUAUUCAUUGUGGAAUAGAGUAUGACAUUUCUGAAAGAACAGUAUAAUAGCCCUAGCCAGUUUGGCUCAGUAGUUAUAGUGUUGGCCCGUGGACUGAAGGGUCUCGAGUUUGAUUCUGGUCAAAGGUACAUAUGUUGGUUGCAACUCAGUCCCUGGCCCCAGUUGGUGUAUGCAUGGGAGACAACCAAUCGAUGUGUCUCUCACAUCAAUCUCUCU